GGCUUAAAACCCACACACCAACCCCUAUUCUCGAAAGAGAGGCAAUUCAUCGAAGAAAUUUUCCCCAAUCGACGGUAGGUAUUUAUCGUUGCUCAAACCGAUGGCUGGAAAAGAUUCCGAUUACCGUAUAUUUGUAGGGGGGCUCUCAUGGGACGUCACUGAGCGUCAGCUUGAAGACGCCUUUAGCCGUUUUGGCAAAAUUAUUGACUCUCAGAUAAUGCUUGAAAGAGAUACUGGCCGUCCACGUGGAUUUGGGUUUCUAACAUUUUCAGACCGUCGAGGUAUGGAAGAUGCAAUUAGGGAAAUGCAUGGCAGUGAUUUUGGGGAACGAGUGAUCUCAGUUAACAAGGCCCAGCCAAAAAUGGGCGGUGAUGAUGCAGAUCAUGGUUAUGGUGGAAGCUAUCCGUCAGGUGGUAGAGGUGGUGGUUAUGGUGGAGGUGACAGAUCUCUGGGUCAGGACGAGUGCUUUAAGUGUGGUCGCCCUGGACAUUGGGCUCGUGAUUGCCCUUCAGCAGGUGGUGGCAGAGGUGGCGGCAGCCAGUUCUCCUCCCGCUCCAGGUUUAGUGGGGCUGGUGGCCGUGGAGAUCGCUAUGCAGACCGUGACCGUUACGUGGAUGAUAGAUACGAUGCAGGGCGUUUUGGUGAUAGAGACCGCUAUGACAGUAGAGAUAGCAAGUAUGGAAGCCGCAGUCGCUAUGCUAACGACAGGUACCCACCCAGUGGAGGAGAUCGGUUUGGAGGCGAUAGGUAUGGAGUCCCAGAUCGGUAUCCACCACCACCGAGUGGUGGGUAUGGGAGAGAGAGAGACUAUGACCGUGAUGUUGGCCCAAGGAGGAGCAGUGACAGAUACGGUGGCGGUGGAGGCGGAGGUGGAGGACCAGCACGUUAUGAAGGAAGAAACUACAGGGACAGAGCAGGUCCAUAUGAACGUCCUAGAAGGGGAGGCGGCCGUCCAUCUUCCUUUGACUAUUGAAAAGGGUCCUUGAUACCUUGUGACCGGUGGUUGACUGUUUUAUCUGGCUUUGUAGAUUUGGUUAGCAUUUGGAUAAUUUUGUAGGAUGACAUGCUUGUGGAUGAUCUGGACUUUAUUUUGCUAUGUCAUGUUAAAAAUAUUUGAUAGCCUCUGCUGCAUUUUGUUUACGGGUAUUCAGUGUGUUCUGUUAUUCAAG